AUGCCGGUCCUCGACGAAUGGCACCAAAAAAUGGACGAGUAUUUGGCUUCACUGGGUUUCUGGAGAAAGCAGAUAGCCGGUGAUGGCUCGUGCCUCUUCAGAGCUGUCUCGGAACACAUUUACCACACGCAAAGUAAGCACGAGCAGGUGCGCCUUAGCUGCGUGGAUUUCAUCAGUGCAAACAGAAAAGUCUACGAAUCGUUCAUUGAGACUGAUUUUGAUCAGUAUGUGACCAACAUGAGGGAUGUGAAGGUGUGGGGUGGCCAUUUGGAGAUUCAUGCAAUGGCUGACAUCUACAAGAGAGACUUCAUGAUCUUCGAAAAACCAGGCAAAGAUCCCUACUUGGCAACCAAUAAGGGAUUCACUGAUGUGAUCAUGCUGUGCUACACGCAUGGAAAUCACUAUGACACUGUCUACCCCAGGACGAUGCUGAAAACUGCAGCGCUGUGCCAGUCAAUCGUUUAUGAAGUUUUGUACAAGAACGUCUUCGGCCUCGGAGACGACGUGGACAUGGCCGUGAGGAAGAUGUUGUACGACAAGACAUACUUCAAGCACAAGAAGAACAUGACAUUCGAGCAGUGGAAAGAGAGUGUCAGGUUUGGCACGGAAGUGAACGUCCUCCCCGAGGAGGAACAGGCCUCCAGCUCGGAAGUGCGGGUGGCGCUGGCAAACCGGAUACCGCCAUUCCCGUUCAAGGUGGCGAAGGCGCUCGACCCAACCAUAUACCGGAACGUCGAGUAUGACAUCUGGAACGAGGCCGAGAAAGAGAGGGUGAGGAGAGAGCAGUUUGUGGUUCCAGAUUUGGAGCCUGGCGUGAAGUGUGUGGUGCGCCUGACAAGGGACUCUGGGGGCCACAGUGCAUCGUUUCAAGCGCACAUCCAGAAAAUGGAACCCAGUGAGGGUCCAGUCACGGUCUUCAUCGAGAAGCUUGGCAAAAUGUGCACGGUUCCGUACGAAAGCGUGGAAGCAUUGCCUCUGCCUGCUCACAAAGUGCUGGCCCUGCGUCAAGGCGUCGUCCCCUACAAGCUGCGCAACUGCUCGUACCACCAGUCUUUGCUGUCAAACUUUCGAGAUUUUCAGAGAACACAUCGCAGGCUUCUCCAAAAGGGAAAGACCGUGGAUCUUUCACCUCUUUCGCCGUGGCUGCCCCAAGUUAUUGGUGGCAACUCCCUGCCGCUGGACUCUCCCUUUGGGCGCACGUGCGACAUGGGCGGGUCGCCCUCCCAGGGCCUAAAGUCCGGGGAGCACUUCACCUUCGACAACAGGCCGGGUUUCUCAAUGACGCCGCCUCCUGUGGAUGCUUGCCAGGUGCUUUGGGGUCAGACCAGUCAGGCUCUGACUGCGGUCAGGCCAUACCCACCAUGCAGUUCGUCCCAGCAGCUGGGCUUUCCGGAGCAGCCACGGUGGGAAAGUAGCACCAUGUUUGACCUCAAGGGCACUGCCGGCAAGUCUCUUUUUAGCGUCUUGGUUCGGUACCAGCGCGACGUGUAG